AUGAAGAUGAGUCGGGCUCUGAUAUCUUAUUCGAAUGUGAACUUGAAAGAUGACACGGAGAUGACUGAAGUCCAUAACCAAGAUCACUUCUCUCAAUUACUUGAUCCAAAGGAUCAUCGACGAAUGAGGAAAUACACAUGCACUACCCUCGUUCAAGAUACCUGGCUUCUGGAGAUUGUGGCAAUGAUCUUCAGCAGCGCUUCAUUUUGUGCCAUUGUGGCCCUUCUGCGAGUGUAUGACCAGCAGCCGUCACCGAAUCUCGCCUACGGGCUCACACUGAACACGAUGGUCGCGAUUACUGCUGCGGCAUCGAGAUCAGCGCUGGUAUUUGUCCUGGCAAGCUCUCUAGGACAGCUGAAAUGGUCAUGGUUCCAUCGCCGGGAAAAACCCCUGGCCGAGAUGCAGUCCUUUGGCAAUGCCAGUCGAGGGCCGCUGGGUUCGAUUUCGAUGCUGGUCGAGCAUAGAGCAUCUUCAACAGCCUCUCCAAGAGCUAUCGUCAUAUUCCUGGCUCUUGCUUUUGAUUCCUCCAUUCAGCAAGUUAUAAGUUACGCAAUUCGAGAGGUAGACAGCACAUCGGAGCACGCGUCAACGAGACAAGCGCCCUAUUUCCUUCCAGGACUGAAUCAAAGCUUGUAUACUGGAUACUUGAAUGCGGGUCUUUGGAUCAGCGACUUUGUCUCUGAUCCCACGUGCCCCACCUUCAACUGUACCUGGUCGGCUUUCCGUUCCGUUGACUUUGCAGCCACUGUGCCGAUGGAACAGGAGUUUGAUUGCGCCAUCGAGCUGGAUCAUGGCGCGUCGGGUGAUGUUCCGAUUGACUACUGGGAUCGGGAAAUAGCGGCGUUUAUCCCCCAAGAUAUUCUAUGGGCUGUCAACUUUCACCAAUCAGCCAAAACCUAUAUCGAUGUGGUCGAUCCGCUCGCAAUAUGCGACUGCAAAAGCGUUCAAGAAUGCGCCCUUUCCAUUUGCCUCCAAACAUAUAAUGUUUCUAUGCUUUCCGGAAACGUCUCCAUCCAGACAACGUCGGUUGAAUACGGCAACAUGUUCCAGCUCAGCACCGGUGAUGGAGAGUAUGGGGAAAGUUAUUUCGAUUGCUGGAAGCUCAACAGCAGCAACUCCUUGAACCUGACUGCGCUACCAAGCGGUGACCUAGUCGACGUUGCCUCAUUCGCUUUCUGCCCUGCGAGCCCUUCACUGUUUGACAUUGCUCAGGGAAUCGUUGAUGAGCCCAUAUUCGGCUAUUCAUACAUCACAUAUUCUCUCCAAAACGAGACCUGUUCCCCUUCUGAUACGGGUGUGACCACAUCCUAUCCGGACAUAAUCAGACGAAUCAUCAACACCGGGCUAGAGAAAGUUUUGACAAACAUCGCAGCUGCAUUGACCAAAUUCAGCCUGGAAAUCAGCCCCAAAACCGUCACUGGCACAGCAAUGAUCCCCAAGUCGUACGUGGUGGUAUCUUGGCCCUGGCUAAGUCUUCCUGCCACACUUCUUCUCGCUGGGCUAGCCUUCUGGUUUCCAACUGUUCUCGUCAACAGACACCAGAGGUGCAUUUUAUGGAAAUCGUCCAUCUUACUGGCCUUCUAUCACGGGACGCAUCUGGACCUGGAAGCUAGCAGUGAUGAUGGUGCCACUAUGAGUGGCAUAGAACACACGGUGCAGUCAGUGAAUGUCAGAUUGGAGUUGGAUGCCAUGAACAGGCUGUUGUUGCGAAAGCAAAGCAAUGCCCUUCCCACAUCUCCUAAUGAUCAACGCAAUCAUGCAGAUCUGCAAUCUUGA